AUGACGUCUCUUACAGGGUUAACAGCUUUAGUGACGGGAGCGUCGAUGGGUAUUGGAGAAGCAAUCGCAGACACGCUUGCCAAGGAAGGUGUCAAUUUGGCCUUGUUGUCCCGCAGCGAAGACAAAUUGGUGGGGGUCCAGAAAAAGAUACAAGAACGCCAUGUCAAUGUCAAGGUAGCGAUAUACCCAGUCGAUCUUCAAGACUACAAGGCUGUGGACGAGGUUGUGGAGGCUGUGGUUUCCAAAUUUGGGCAAAUCGAUAUUUUGAUCAAUAAUGCUGGUCUUGCCCUAGGUGCCCCGGCAAGAUUUUGGGAACUUCCUAUCGAGUUGGUCAACCAGAUGAAUGGGACAAACAUUGCAGGAGUCAUGUAUGCCACUCAUUCAGUUCUGAACAGGAGUAUGUGGCUGAAGAAAGACGGUACCAUUAUCAACAUCUCGUCUGUCACAGGUCUAGAGUGUCCGCCUUUUGACGGUGAAGCCGUGUACCAUGCGAAUAAAGCUUGUCUGGAGGCAUUUAGCAAUAGUCUCCGAAUGGAAACCGCAGGCAGCAACAUCAGGAUCCUUGUCCUGCGACCUGGUUGUGUGGCAACCCACUUCCAUCAACAAAGAGUCCAAUACGAUCAGAGCGCGAUGGAUGAAUUCUUUUAUGGGUAUGAUCCUCUGGUUGCGGAAGACCUUUCAGAUGCCGUCCUCUAUAUGCUUAGCCGACCAGGAAGGACGUCGAUCAAGGCGUUGGACUGCGUUCCUACAGCUCAGCGCGCCUUGACGCGUUUUGAUCGUGAAUGGAACCAGCGGAAUGGUCAUUAA